CAGCUUAGCCGCCCUCGCAGUUAGCGCGCUAGGAGAGAAGCUGCUACGGCCGCGACGCAGCAGCGCAGGAGACAAUGGCAGGCUCAGCGUUGGCGACUCGGGCUCGGCUCGGUGCCUGGGGCGUGAGGGUCCUACAGACCCGAGGCUUCGGCUCGGACUCGUCGGGGAGCACGGAGUCUGGCGCUGGCGCCAUCCGAGAAGCCGGUGGGGCCUUCGGAAAGAGAGAGAAGUCCGAAGAGGAUCGCUACUUCCGAGAGAAGACUAAAGAACAACUAGCUGCCUUGAAGAAACACCAUGAAGAUGAGAUCCAGUACCACGAGCAGGAGAUAGAGCGUCUGCAGAAACAAAUUGAGCGGCAUAAGAAGAAGAUGAAAAACCUGAAAAAUAAUGAUUAAAUGCAUUCAGUCACCCACAGAAUGGUCGGUGUCAUUCCCCAUUUCUGUAGAGAUGUAGUUCAUUCUGAGUGAUUAAUAUUUUGGUCUGUGUGCUACUAACAGAUAAUAAAUUGUCACCAGUAAAUCA